UACUGUAGCAAACGCAUGCCGAUCGAGGGAAGUCCAACAUUGAAAACAACGAAGAAUUACAAUUUGUAUCACACAAGGAAACCUUUUCGUGUACACAGAUUGUUCCGACGAAUAUAACAGCUAAAGUGCAAAGUGAAACACAGGCAAUGUCAAAUAUCGAGGAGCUGCGAAAAGAUGUGGCGGAGUUUCAAAGGCUUUUAGGCGAAGCCAGUCGGAAACGAGUCACAGAUGCCUUAUCACUAGAAAUAAGAAGACUGGAAACAGAAAUUUUGAGCAGAGAAGAGAAGGAACGAGCAGCGGGGGCGUCAAAAGGAUCAGGAGAUGGAAGCGAGGCUGCUAAUCAGAAAAGCAAAGCGACAGCCUCAGCAAAACGUGUCUACACAAAACAGCUGGAUUCUUAUGGUUGGGAUCAGUCUGAAAAGUUUAUGAAGAUUUAUGUGACAGCUGAGGGUGUGGAAAAUGUACCCAAGGAAAAAGUUCACUGUGACUUUGCCAAAGAGUCUUUCAAACUACGGAUUAGUGAGUUGAACAACUACAACCAUGAACUCAGCAUCAUAAACUUGCUUCAUCCAAUCAUUCCAGAUGAGAGCUAUGUAAAGAUAAAAACAGGAACAGUUUUGUUAAUGCUGAAAAAGAAAGAGCCUGGUAAAACUUGGGGUUUUGUGACACAACAGGAGAAAAAGGUCAAGGAUAAACCAAUGCCAAAGCCUGACCUAGAUAGCGGAGAUCCUAAUGCAGGUAUGAUGAAUAUGCUGCAGAAGAUGUAUGAUGAAGGCGAUGACGAAAUGAAGCGUACCAUCACCAAGGCAAUGUACGAUUCCAGAAACAAGUCAGGGUCAGAGUUACCUCCCAUGUGAUCGGCUCUGUGUCUGACCUGAAUAUACUGCAAAUACCUACCUUACGGUGACGUUGUGAUAAGAUCAAUGAGAAAAUGUCAUUGAGCAAUACUGUGCUCAUGCCAACUGAACAAAGAGCUUUGUUGAGGAAAAGUAGAUCAGCUAGAUGCUGUGGUUUGUUAGGAUGGAAGUUGUCAGUUAGAAAGUAUUUCCAUGAAGAGGGACAAUGAUGUAUUAAAGACUUCUAACUUAAAUCUAAGUUCAAGUUGUUUUUUUUUUUU